AUGCCGCGCACUUGCCCUGGCGUGCUUGAUGCUCCGUGCCGUUUCUCCACUUCUCAGGCUGGCGAGCCAGCGCAGCCGACGCGGGGCCACGGCGCAUGCUCGUUCUGCGACUUGGAGCGUCUGGAAGAAGCGGUGACGACUUCCGGCGUGUCCAACGUGAUCCGUAUGCUCCGAGUUCUGCGUGGCUUCGACCCGGACAUCUACGACGAGGCUCUGGCCCGUGUGGGCGAGGUCACCCCCGACAUGGCUGACAUCCACAACCUCGUCGUCUCCGGCGACGGCGCCGCCCGGACUCGUGGCACGCAAACCUGGUGCCGCGGUCAAGCCGAUCAUCCAUGUUGCUUCGCAGCUGAUGGGCAAGGCGGCCGGGCUCAAGGCAAGCGCUCUUUCAGAUGUGUCUUCUGCGACGCAGGGUCCAUGGAACAAACGAUCCGGACCCCGCAGGGUCGCGGCAACGUCGUGCGUCUGUUGAAGAAGUGGCGGGCGACCGCGCCGGCAGUCUACGAGGCGGCACUCCGCCGCAGUGUGCUCGCAUUCCUGCCGCCGGAGACAAGGACCGCCUUGAUCGAGCCCUCACGGCAGCCUUCGAAACCCGACAAGGACACCGUGCUCUCCUGGCGUACUUCUGUGCUGGCUCCUCCGACCCCUACCGAAGUGGAAGAUUUCAAGGCUCUGCAGAAUCGGGUCCAGGACCUGGCUCCGAACGACACCGGCCUUCCGUCGGCCUGCGCGAGUUCGUCGGCAGUUGCUCUGGAGGCAGCUUGCAGUCGCGUGCCGGCGGCGGUGAUCCAGCGGUGCAAGAAUUGCAAGAAAAACAAGUCGAAGCAGAUCUGGGUCCCAUGGCCGGAGGAAGUUCCGGAGCCGCUGCGGGGUUUAUCCCGUGAAAUUAUUCUGGCUCUGCGUCCGCUGGAGGUGGAUUGCGGUCCAGAGUGGAAGGCGGAUUACGGGUACUUUUUCCACAGCACGAUGCUGCGGCUUGCAUGGUCCGCGCAGGACGUGGAGGCGAAGAUCGCCGGCCUGGAUGGCGCUGCCCGCCGCACUGCUGCGAAGGCUUUCGAGUUCCUCAUGCGCAGCGACGACUCUAGCUACCGCGACUUCGUCCGUCGCCGCCGAGCCUUCAUGCAGCGGUACCCGGAGGCGGACCACGAUCGGCGCAAGCGCCCGCUGCGAUGCAUCGAGGAGGCGGCCGUGGAGUGCGUUCUCUGGCCUCACUUGUACUGGGACCGGCGCUUGUGCGAGACCGCCGCUCGCCUGGCAGACGUGCGGCGCGCAGCUCGCCGCCAGUCAGCUGAGCCGGACGACGACGGGUGGUCUGAGGACCAGGCAGGCGAGGAGGAGGACGUGGACCCUGCGCGCAGGCAGAGUCUCAAGCGCAACUUUCUUGCCAAAGCCCUGGGCCCCAUCGCGGACUACGCCGGCGAGUACGAGCUGCUGCACUUCGUGUUCGAUCUCUCCACGUGGUCCGAUGUUGGCGGCAAGAAGGGCGCACUUCGCGGCACACCCAUGUGGCAAGCCAUGAAGGGCGCUCCGUGGACCCCCCAAUAUUGGAAAGUGCGGCACGCGGCGGCGUUGGACAUGCAAGCCCAGUGCAGCCAUCCGGUGGCUUUUCUGACAUGGGCACCUUUUGAGUGGUCCGCCCCUUACCAUGAGUGGUUGCUGCGGCAGAUGGCGCAGCUGGGUCGGCAGCGGCUGCAGCUGGCCGGCCCCGAGACGAUGCAUCUCGCCCACAUCCUCACGGAGCUGUUCCGCGAGUGGGUCUGUGGAGGCGGCCGAAAGUCUGGCGACGCCUCCAGCACUUGGCGCUCCGCCCUCCUCGGCGGCGUCAUGGAGAAUGGGCGCAGGUUGAAGGUCAACUUCAUUGGGCACCUCGAAUUCCAAGACGGCAAAGGAAAGGAAGUCACGCAGAGCUACCACGGACGGGCCGCAGUUCACCUCCAUGGACUGGUGUUUGCAGACAGUUUAGCCCCCGUGCGUCUCCCCGACAAGGCGAGCGCGACGGUGCCUGAAGAAGGGAACCCUCUGCGAGGCUAUGUCCUUGAUGGCCAGGCUGGACGCACGGGCAGCGGAUGGCCACAGCACUCGGGCAACAACGAGUAUGAUGCGGUGCAGGACAAGGUGCGCUUGCGCCACACGGAAUUGGACAAGAAGCUCGGCAUCAGAGGGUACAUCCCCGAAGUUCUGGAUGUGCUGAAGUGCCAUCAGGACCUGCAGCUGGACCGUGGCUCCGGCCUCAUGCUCAAGUACACCGCCACUUACUUACCGAAGUUCGGCGAUGGCCCGGGCAAGGAGCUCAUGGACGACGCCAGCAGCGGCUACGGCGCAGCUCGGCGAGUUCUCUUCACAUUCCAUCCCGGGGAGCCGGAAAUGUGGCUUCUUCUUGCCAAUCAGACAUUUCCGAUGUUCUUCAUGGGAGGCACGAUGCAGCCGAUCAUCGCACCCCAUCCAGGAAUGCCGGUGAAGCCGGAGUACCUCCAACUCUACGAAGCUGCGGACUGGCGCUGCGACAUGCCACUGAUCGAAUACCUGCGGCGGGUCAACAAGAAGGGCGCCAUCCUGGAGCAUAUCCGAAAAGCCUAUCUGCAGACGGACCAAAGGGUCCCUCUGCAGGACUUCGCGGUGCGCUUUGAGACCUUCGGGGAAAGGAUCAUCGCCGCGGAGAUGGUCUCCAUGCAGAACGACAAGUUCUACGGGCAAUGGAUGGCGCUGCGCAUUCCGUACAAGCGAUUGGAAGAUCUCCUGUUGCCGGAGAUCGUGCAGUCGGUCCCCGAUCAGGUGAAGUUUCUCGCGUGCGCCCUGCACUGGGCGCCCGAGCUCUGGCGCAGCGCCCCACGCGUGCGCGAGUACAUGGCUCUGCGCGCGCACCGGGAUGCCUACAUUGAGACAGUGGAUGACCACUGUCAGCAUGCUGUCGCCGUGCCCCGGAGUAUCGCGGACCUUUUCGAAGAGAGGUUGGACGACCUCGUCUUCGCCGCGGAGCAAGCCACCUUCGAGCGCAACGUCAACCAGCGGGUGGACCAAGCCUUGCGACUUCGGGAAGUGGAGGACGAGCAGGAGUACGAGCGCUUGGCAGGCAUCAUUGAGGAGCAUGGCUCCAGGGUCGCUUGCUCCGGCGCUCCGGGCACAGGCAAGACGGCCGUCCUGGACCGUUGCAUCCGGCGGGCCCAGCAGCGGGGAGCGCGCGUGCUCAUUGCUCUCCCGACUGCGACUGGCGUCCAGCGGGCGCGUGUGAAGCAGCGCCAUCCGGAUGCGGAGCUGGACACGUGCCACGGCGCCUUCCUGUUCCACAAGCCGCUCGCGGAGGCCAUGGGCAUCAUGAGCUGCUAUGAUCUCAUCGUCAUAGACGAGGCGCCGCAACUCUUUGAAGAGCGCUUCGACCGCCUCGACGAGAUGUGGAUGGCUGCAGGGAAGGCGCCAUGUCUCGUCUUCGCCGGCGACGAAUGGCAGCUGCCUCCACCGGACCACACCAAGCGGAGUUUGGUCAGGCAUCCCAAAUGGAACCUGGUCCGCAAGAUCGAGCUCCACCACAUCUGGCGUCAGCAUGAAGACGAUCUUCUGCAAAGCAAGUUGACCUUCCUUCGCAAGAAUCGGCCCACGGGCACGGAAGGAAGCACUUUCGUGCGGGACCUGUGCCGCAACCACAAGGCCUGGUCCGGGCACCACCGGCCGAGAGCAGAGGACAUCCAAGCGCUCAUGGAGAGGACGGCCGGGGACACGACGGUCAUCACCUGUACUCGUCGUGGCGCUGCGCUCGUCAACGCCCUGGCCCAGGAGGUGCUCUUCAAGCGCGCAGGUCAGCCAGCCUUGGGGCGCGUUGCUGCCGACUGGGAAAGCAACCCUGCGAACUAUGACGAGGACACCGGGGUCCUCCUGGACCGUUGCCCCGCCCAUGACUUCGUGAACGGCAUGGCAGCCACGGUCCUGAGCUUCGACCCACGCUACAGUGCACUGAUCGUGGAGACCGAGACCUCGGAGACUCUCUGCGUCUAUCCUGUCAGUGACGACAACGUCCCAGAUGGCCACGUGACGUACCAUCCCGUGCGCCUCGGGUACGCGGAUACGGUGCACAAGUUCCAGGGCGCAGAACUGCGCCAUGUGACCUUCUGGCCAGAUUGCCCUGGAUGCCCCGCUGCAGGGUACGUCGCACUUUCCCGCGUUCGGCGCGAUUGUGACUACCUGCUCGGAGGCUGCGUGGCUGCGGAGCACUUCGUGCCGGCCAUGUGA